CGCACGUUGUACGUGGAUCUACUUUGCGUCAUAUGUAAGUGGAAUAAGGCGCGGUACCCAGCGAACGUGAGCAACGAUGCGACGAAUUUCAGUGUGGGUCCUGUUGGGCCUUGCGCUGUUUACCCUUAGCACUGCGGGAUUACAGGUACAAGCUGAAGCACCAACCGAGUACGAAUGCAGACCCUACAUUGAGAGAGCCAUUAAAGAUCUCAAGUCCGAAUCAGCGGAAGCUGCCGACGAAAAUGCCAGUAUAGAGAAUACGAUCGAUGUAACAAGCCAGGAAGAGGAAGACAACACGGCAGCGGAGGAAGUGAGUACCGAGGAAACGGACACAGCUGCGGACGAUGUUUCGGAAGAGAUAACUCCCUCGGAAGAGGUACAGGAGCAGUUGUUCGCCGAUAAAGCGGAGGACGCGGCAGUUGACGGAGAGUCGGAAAAUGUAGAAGAAACGGAAGAAACCGAACAGGACGAGGACGAUGAGGACGAUGAGGAGGGAGAUGGCGAAGAUAACAACCAGGAUGAGCAGAACGAAGAGGAUGCAACUGAGGAAAAUGUGCAAUCCGAGGAAACCGAACCGAUCGCGUCCGAAGAAACUGACCAGGCUGAAGACGUCCAAACGGAAUCGGAAGAGUUGACCUCCGAAGAAUCCGCCAACCAGGUGCUGGACGACAAUGAUGAGGACGACGAUGAUGAGGAGGAUGAUGACGAUGAGGAGCAGAAUGAUGAUGUAGCUACGGAAGAAGUCACUCAAUCCGCGGAGGAAGCUACCGAGAGCCAGGAAAAAGAAGCUGAUACAGCGGAUGAUGAAGAUGACGACGAUGAGGAUGAUGAUGAUGAUGAGGAUGAUGAAGACGAGACGCCAGACAAAGUAGACGAUGAGACCAAAACAGAGGAACAGGAUGAUGACGAAGAUGAAGAAGAUGAUGAUGAUGAUGAUGAAGAGGAAGAACAUGAAGAAGAAAAUAAGAGUGAAGAUGAUGAGGAUGAUGAUCUAGAAGAGGAAAAUGCUGCUAAAGGAUCGUACGACGAUCGUGAGCAGGAAGAUGAUGAAAAUGUUUCUGCAGAAGAUGAUGAAGAUGAUGAUCUAGAAGAGGAAAAUGCUGCUAAGGGAUCGGAUGACGAUCGUGAGCAGGAAGAUGAUGAAAAUGUUUCUGCAGAAGAUGAUGAGGAUGAUGAUCUAGAAGAGGAAAAUGCUGCUAAAGGAUCGGAUGACGAUCGUGAGCAGGAAGAGGAUGAAGAUGUUUCUGCAGAAGACGCAGAUGCCGUCUCAGAGGAGGGUAGUGAAAAUGACGAAGUAGUCGAUAGUUCUGAGGACACCAAUCAGAAUGAAGAUUUGGAAGGAACAAAUUCAGAGGAGCAGGAAACUGACACAGAUAACGACGAUGAAGAUGAAGAAGCUUUGACUGAGGAAUCUGUGGCUAGUGGUGAGGAAGCUGAAACGGAAGAUGAACCGACCAGUGGAGAAGUUGAAGAUGAUGAUGAAGAUGAUGAUGAUGAUGAUGAUGAUGACAAUGUGAGUGAAGAAACGGUACGUAAUACAGCGGAAAGCAGUACUGCAACAAGCGAGGAGGAGAAAGAUGGUUCUGAACCUGCGGCUAGUGAGCAAUCUGAGGAGCAAGUGGUCGAAAGUGAGGAAGAUGAAUCAGCUCCGCAGGAUGAAGCUUCUACGGAAGAGCCUGCUGCCGACGAGAGCAGCGAGGACGCAACCACCGUAGAGGAUGUAGAAUCAACCUCUCAGGAGCAGGAAGAACAAAGCGCUGAAGAAUCAUCCGAUGUCCAGGACGCUGGUGAAGAGAGUGCCGAGGAAGCUGGCGCAGAAUCUGCAGAACAACAAGCCGCAUCUACUGACGCGGAAGAGGAAAGCGAAGAAGAGGUCGUUGUGAAGCAGGACGCGGAGGAAUCUUUGGCCCAGGAAGGGGAAGAAAGUGUUGAGAAAGCAUCCGAAGAAACCGAAACCGAAUCACAGGAAGAGUCAUUCCCCGAGGAAGAUCUGCUAUUGGAGUACGAAAUUCCGUCGAAUCUUAGAGAUACUACGCACAUCUACGAACUGCUGAAUAUCAACGACGACGCACCUGCCCGGGAGAAGGCUCUGCAAGAUACGGCCGACGUGAUCUUGCGCGAUCUCAAGCGUAUCUACGAUAAUUCGAUCAAACCCCUCGAAACCUUGUACAAGUAUCGCGAUCUCAGCAACCGUCACUUUGGCGAUCCGGAGAUAUUCUCGAAACCGCUCGUGCUGUUCAUGGGCCCGUGGAGCGGAGGCAAAUCGACCAUUCUGAACUAUCUGACACACAAUGAGUACACGCCCAACUCUGUGCGGACAGGUGCUGAACCGUCGCCCGCAUACUUUAACAUUUUAAUGCACGGUGACGAGCCGGAGGUUUUGGAUGGUACCCAACUGGCCGCCGAUUGGACUUUCUCGGGAUUGCAAAAGUUUGGACAGGGUCUGCUUGACCGUCUGCGUGGUCAAAAGCUGCCCAACCAGCUGCUCGAAAGGGUUAACAUUGUAGAAAUUCCAGGCAUUUUGGAGGUCCGGAAGCAGGUGUCCAAGUACUUCCCGUUCAACGAUGCCUGCCAGUGGUUUAUUGAUCGAGCUGACAUCAUCUUUCUGGUGUACGACCCAUCCAAGUUGGAUGUUGGGCCAGAAACUGAAGCCAUCCUGGACCAGCUCAAGGGACGAGAAUAUCAGACACGAAUCCUGCUAAACAAAGCUGAUCAAGUGAAACCUGAGGAGCUGUUGCGAGUCCAGAGUGCCUUGAUCUGGAACAUUUCGCCGCUGAUGUCGUCGGCGCAACCACCGGUCAUGUACACGGUGUCUCUAUGGUCCAAUCCGUUCGAAGUUGGAGCACCCGUCCGUCUGCUCCAAGCACAGGAACGAACUUUGCUGCUCGAUCUUGGCCAGGCUAUCGAUAAACGAAUUGAGAACAAAAUUGCCAGUGCUCGUCGAUUUGCGGUUCGCGUCCGCAACCACGCUAAGAUGGUGGAUUGCUACCUCACUACGUAUUACAACCACAAGACGCUGUUCGGUAACAAGAAGCAGAUUUCCGAGAAAAUCAUUGCCAACCCGCAGGAUUAUCACAUCUACGAGGGUCUUUCGACGUUGACCAACAUUUCUCGAUACGAUCUGCCCGAUCCGGAAGUUUAUCGGGAUUUCUUCCACCUGAACCCUCUGUACGAGUUCAAGAAACUUUCCGAAACGUGCACAUACUUCCGCGGCUGUCCGAUCAACAAACUCGACGUUGCGAUUGCGUACGAGCUGCCCGAACUGGUCGGCAAGUACAAGAAAAUGUCGGAGGCUGCUCUUGCUAAGCUGGAUGUACUCACGCCCACAUCCGAUUUCGGCAAGGGGAAAUCGAAUAGUUGAGCGAAAGGCACGCUUUUUGUACGAUCGAUAAACUUGCAUUCAGUGCGUAAUGUUAAAGUAGUGUAGUACGGUAUAUUCUUAUUUAUUUAAUUAUUUUUUUUCAUUUUCCCUAACGAAUCUUCUACUACUUCCUAUCGUCGUAGCUUUAAUGUCUCUGAAAUACCUCAGUUUGGGGACAUUGAAACACAAAUCUGCGCUUUUAUUAUUUUCUCUUUUUUCGUUCUAAUUCUUAGAGGUUUUAAGGUUGUAUCGGAACGAACCUAACAAACCAUAAUUAAUUGAAACUGCUUCUGCUGCUCACAAAGUGAAUAGCUCGUGUUAGGGGAUAUUGAACCAUAAGAAAAGUAUCGAUGGAAGGAUGGGGUGUUUACCGUUUUGUUAAAAAAAAGUUAUAAAAUAACAUACAGGUUGUCUGAAUUUCUCAGACAACACAACUUCAAGGCGCGCACUUAGCUAAGCAAUACCUUCCAACAAAGGUUACACUCUGAACCGUUAUCAAAGAAAGAAGUGUGCAUCGAAAACGAACAUGAAGUUUGCCUAUGUGAUAAAUGAUGGCUCAGAGCAUAAGAAGACAUUGCAAUGUAUAGUUUACAUCGAGGUACGCCAAUGCAGCAGCAGCAGCAGCAAGGAGGAUAAACUAUACACAACCAGAGUGACGUUUGGAGCAAUUUGUGACUCUAGACCAGACUGAUUGAUACAGGUAAACGCAAUGCUACAACUCGGAAAACAGGGCAAUACUAUCGCCAACGUUCGAAAAGCAACCAAGAGAAAGUUGAAUAAAAAUUGUAAACCAAUAAAGGUAAUAUACUG